CAUCUGAGGGCGUCGCUGCCGUGCAGCUGUGAGACUGCGGCGUAAACAGCCACGAAAACUCAACAUUUAUCGGCUCUUUUUCCGGAUAAAUAUGAUCCUAUAAGUGUCCCCUGUGUCUGUCUCCAUCCGUCCAUCCGUCCUCCCUGCAGGCCCUCCUCCUCUGCACCAUGGAGACGGUCAGCAGCUUCGUGCUGAUCCACGGGAAGAACAUCUCCCACGGGCCCCCGGCCGGCUCCCCGGCGGGGCCCCACAUGUCCAUCGAUAAGCUGUUCCCGGCCCUGCUGGAGUGCUUCGGCAUCAUCCUGUGUGGAUACAUCGCUGGCAGGGCGGACAUCAUCACGGAGAGCCAGGCCAAGGGUUUGGGGAACUUCGUGUCCAAGUUCGCUCUUCCGGCGCUGCUCUUCAAGAACAUGGUGCUGCUGGACUUCGAGAACGUGAAGUGGGUGUUCCUCUGGAGCAUCCUCAUCGCCAAGGUGGCCGUGUUCGUGGUGGUCUGCGUGGUCACGCUGGGCGUCAUUCUCCCUAAAAGCAGAUACAGCAAGGCCGGUCUGUACGCCAUCUUCGCCACCCAGAGCAACGACUUCGCCCUGGGAUACCCCAUCGUGGACGCCCUGUACAGGAACACGUACCCGGAGUACCUGCAGUACGUCUACCUGGUGGCGCCGGUCUCCCUCAUGCUGCUGAACCCCAUCGGCUUCGCGCUGUGCGAGGUGCAGCGCUGGAAGGACCGGGGCGACGCGCAGCACAGCACGCUGGGCAUCCUGGGCGUGGUCGUCCUGCAGGUGAUGAAGAACCCCAUCGUCUUCAUGGUGGUGGUGGGCAUCGUGUCGCACUUCGCCCUGGAGCAGCAGAUCCCCGCCGUGCUGUCCGAGUUCAUCGACGGCCUGGCCAACUCGUUCGGAGGCGCGGCCCUGUUCUACCUCGGCCUCACCAUGGUGGGCCAGAUGGGGAAACUGACCCGCGACACCGGCGUGGCCUUGAUUUUACUCAUCACCGCCAAACUCCUGCUGAUGCCGGUGGUGUGUAAGACGAUGGUGAACGUCCUGGACGUGGGCGUCAACAGCACCAACACCAACCACAGCAGCCUGUCCAACUUCGCCUUCCUGUACGGCGUGUUCCCCACGGCGCCCAGCGUGGCCAUCUACGCCGCCCACUACGCCAUGGAGCUGGAGGUGGUGGCGGCGGGGAUGGUGAUCAGCACGCUGCUGUCGGCGCCCAUCAUGUACGUCUCCGCCUGGCUGCUGACCAUCCCCCAGAUGGACCCCACCCCCCUGCUGACGGAGCUGGAGAACGUCAGCUUCAACAUCAGCAUCGUCAGCCUGGUGGCGCUGGUGUGGACCGUCGCCGUGACGAUCCUCGGCAGGAAAUGCAGCAGUCUUCCUCACGUCUUCGUCCUGAACCUCUUCGUGGCUCAGCUCCUCGUCUGCGUCGGGAUGAUCUCCUGGAACGUUUCCACCAACCUGCUGGCCAAAACGCUGUCCUUCACCGUCCUGUACGGCUCGCUGUACAGCACCUACAUCUGGACCGGGUUGAUCCCGCUGUGCCUGGCUCUGACCAGCAGAGACGACCUGCUGAGGCUCAGGGCAGAGGUCUUCUUGGUUCUGGGUUGGGGCGUUCCCUUCCUGAUGGUGGGAGGUCUGCUGAUAUCGGGCGAACGGACCGACACCAUGGACUCGGCCUUCUUCUACGGCAGGAUGCAGAUAAUCAGCAGCGCGGCGGUGCUGGCGGUCAGCCUGCUGCUGGGCGCCGUCUCCCUGAUGGGCCUGAGCCAGGGCGAGGCGGAUCAGAGUGGCUACCAGGCCCUGAGCCGGGCGGCGGUGACGGGGCUGGGCGACGAGCCGAGGCCCCCCGCUGGUCUGGAGGAGCCGCAGCAGCAGCAGGCGGACAUGGCGGACUUGGCGGCCCUCUCCCCGUCCGGCAGCAUCAACUCAGACCUCCACGGCUUCUCUCCGCUCCAGACCAUCCCCGACAUCAUGGCGAGCACGCAGCGGGAGCACCGGCCCGGCGCAGGCCACAGCGGGGCGCCGCCGUCCGAGGGCCGGCCGCAGAGCUCCUCCCCCUCCUCGGAGCAGCCCCUCAACCUGCCCCCGCCCGGACCCCCGCCCCCCGAGGAGAACCGCACGAUCCGAUACGUCCUGCUGUGCCUGCUGCUCAUCGUCAGCCUGCUGGCGAACCUGUCCAGCUGCCUGUGGUGGCUCUUCAACAAGGACCCGGGAAGACUCUACCUGGAGCUGCAGUUCUUCUGCGCCGUGGCGAACUAUGGACAGGGUUUCUUGUCCUUCGGGGUCUUCGGCCUGGACCGACACCUCGUCGUCUACCCGUUCAAGAAGAGGCUCCUGGGUCUGCUGCAGGGCCGCCACGGCGAGGAUCUGAGUCCCGCGGGGGGGCCCGAGGAGGUCCGGCUCACCUGCACGCAGUUCGUCCGCUACCACAAGGAGCAGUGUGUCCAGGACAUCGUGCACACGCGCAGUGGCUCGGGGGAAAGUGUGAACGCUCCGACAGGUGAAUCCUUCCUCUGAUAGCGACAGGUGUGACGGAGGAGUGGAGGAGGAGGAGGAGG